GGGUAGUUGCAGUAGUUUCACCAGCAGGAGGCGGUGUGUUUCUUCAUCAACGCACUCCUCCUCCUCCUCCCGCGUGCCCCGCUGCUCGGUGCUCCGUCCCUCCUCUGCUCUGCUCCGGGAGUCCGGCUCGGACUUUCCAGCGGAGAGGAGCAGGAGCCAGGAGUGGAGGAGUCCUCAGUCCUCAUCACCGUCAACUCCGCAGCAAGUUCUAGCAGCAGGAGGAGAGACCAAAAACAGGACCGAACAUCUCAGUCCGGGACCAAACCGAGUGAUUGUGGCUGAUAAACGGAGCAGGUUGAUGAAGUCGCGCGCUCUGAUCCUCCUCUGCGUCCUGGCUGUUGCCUACAGCCAAGAGCCUGACCACAGCCACGGAUGUGCCCAAGGCAGCUGUUAUCCAGCAACGGGGAAUUUGCUGGUUGGACGUGAGAAGAACCUAAAAGCUUCGUCCACAUGUGGUAUGAGGAAAAAAGAGCGUUAUUGCAUCGUCAGUCAUCUGCAGGAUGAGAAGAAGUGCUUCCUCUGUGAUUCCAGACGGGCAUAUGACCCCAUAUAUAAUACCAUCAAUCACCGAAUAGAAAACGUAAUAACCACCUUCAAACCUCACCGCAAGACGUCCUGGUGGCAAUCUGAGAAUGGAAAGUCAGAUGUCUUUAUUCAGCUGGAUCUUGAAGCAGAGUUUCAUUUUACCCACUUGAUUAUGACUUUCAAGACUUUCCGUCCAGCAGCCAUGCUGAUACAACGAUCGGCUGACUUCGGUCGAACCUGGCAGACAUAUCGCUAUUUUGCAUAUGACUGCAAUGCUGCCUUUCCUGGAAUUAGCCAGGGUCCUUUGCGUAAAGUCGACGAUGUCAUCUGUGAAUCACGCUACUCUGACAUUGAACCAUCCACAGAAGGAGAGGUGAUCUACAGAGUGUUAGAUCCAGCCAUCAGGAUUGAGGAUCCAUACAGUCCAACCAUACAGAACCAGCUCAAGAUCACAAAUUUGAGAGUGAAUUUCACCAAACUCCACACACUGGGAGACAACCUGCUGGACCCCAGGCUUGAGAUCAAAGAAAAGUAUUACUAUGCCAUAUAUGAGCUGGUUGUGCGUGGAAACUGUUUUUGUUAUGGCCACGCCUCGGAGUGCGCACCCAUCGAUGGCAUCAGGGAUGGCAUAGAUGGAAUGGUUCAUGGCAGGUGUGUGUGCACCCACAACACCAAGGGUUUGAACUGUGAGCAGUGUGAUGACUUUCACAAUGACUUGCCGUGGAGACCAGCCGAGGGACGAAACACCAACGCCUGCAAGAAGUGUAACUGUAACGGCCACUCCACACAGUGCCACUUUGACAUGGCGCUGUAUUUGGCCACGGGUAACGUGAAUGGAGGAGUGUGCGACGACUGUUUGCACAACACCAUGGGACACAACUGUGAAAUGUGUAAACCUUUUUAUUACAAAGAUCCCACUAAGGAUAUCAGAGACCCACGGGUCUGCAUACCGUGUGACUGCGACCCAGACGGCUCACAGAAUGAGGGCAUGUGCGACAGCCACAGCGACCCUUCCCUCGGCAUGGUGGAAGGUCAGUGUCGCUGCAAGGCCAAUGUGGAGGGCCCGCGUUGCGACAAGUGUAAAGCCGGCUUCUUUGGCCUGAGCAGAGACAACCCUCAAGGAUGCCACCCUUGCCGGUGUGAUCACAGGGGAACAGUGUCAGGACGGUCCCACUGUGACCCCAUCAAUGGCGACUGCUUCUGCAAGCGUCUGGUCACUGGCCGCAGUUGUGAUCAGUGUCUGCCAGAACACUGGGCUCUGAGCCACGACUUGAGCGGCUGCAGAGGCUGCGAGUGUGAUAUCGGAGGUGCUCUGGAUAACCACUGCUCUGUGGAAAGUGGUCAGUGUCGCUGCCGUAGUCACAUGACUGGACGUCAGUGUGCACAGGUGGAGUCUGGGUAUUUCUUUAUGGCUCUGGAUCACCUCCUUUAUGAGGCUGAGUUUGCUAAGAUGGGACAGGGUUGCACAGUGGAGAUCAGGGAGCACCAACUGGGUCGUCCUGCUACGUGGACUGGAAUUGGAUUUUCCCGGGUACCUGAGGGGGGCACGCUGGAGUUUUUCAUCAGCAACAUUCCGUACUCCAUGGAAUAUGACCUACUCAUCCGCUAUGAGUCACAGAUGUCCAGAGACUGGGAGGAGGUGCGAGUCACAGUGAUCCGUCCUGGGCCGAUUCCAACGAGCAGCCCCUGUGGAAACACCAUCCCAGAUGAUGACAGACUCACUGUCUCCCUGCCGGCUGGGGCCAGGUUCGUAGUGACUACUCAGCCAGUAUGUCUGGAGAGAGGUGUGACCUACACUCUCCGCUUUGAGUUCAGGCGCUAUCAGGAUGCCAACGUUAUUCUCAACGGAGCGGCCAACGCUCUCAUUCUUGUGGAUUCUAUCGCUUUAAUACCACGCCACUCCUCCCUGGAGAUGUUCAAUGCCGGGGAUGGGGCCUCCAACAUCAGGAAGCAGACCUACGAGCGGUACCGCUGCCACGAUGGGGCAAAGCCUGUGACCCGCCCUGUGAUGAGUGACACUUGUUCCAAAUUAAUCACCAGCAUGUCGGCUGUCAUUAAUGAUGGGGCUAUACCGUGUAAUUGUGACCCACAGGGGUCCGUCAGCUCCUUGUGUGAUGUUCGUGGGGGCCAGUGUCGCUGCAGGCCCAAUGUGAUUGGUCGACGCUGUGACCAGUGUGCUCCAGGAACUUUUGGUUUUGGACCUUCAGGCUGCAGUGCCUGCGGAUGCAGCCUGGAAGGGUCUGUAACUCGGCUUUGUGACAAGUUCACCGGUCAGUGCCAGUGCCGUCCAGGUGCUUUUGGCCAGCGUUGUGACAGAUGCCAGUCAGGUCACUGGGGUUUUCCAAACUGCCGACCUUGUGAAUGCAACGGACAUGCUGUUGAAUGCAGCCAGAGGACCGGAGCAUGCAUCAACUGUAGAGACAACACUGCAGGAGACAAAUGUGACAGGUGUGCAAAUGGUUACUAUGGUAACCCAGUUCUGGGCGUGUCUGGUGGUCAGUGUCGUCCAUGCCCCUGCCCAGAUGGACCCAACAGCGGACGGCACUUUGCAGCAUCUUGUUACCAAGACAACCGUAACUGGCAAAUCAUUUGCAACUGUAACCAGGGUUAUACAGGGAUUGUUAAACGCUCCGGGGUGACCAUUUUUAAGCGCGCCCGUUGUGAGGAAUGUGCCCCCGGUUAUUAUGGAAACCCCUCACAGCCGGGAGGCCGCUGCCAGUCGUGCCAGUGCAACAACAACAUAGACAUGUCAGACCUGGAUGCGUGUGACAGGUGGAGCGGCGAGUGCAGGAAAUGCCUCUACAACACCGAGGGCCCCAACUGUGGCAUCUGCAAAAGUGGUUACUAUGGAGAUGCUUCCCGCCGAAACUGCAGAAAAUGUACUUGUAACUUCCUGGGUACCGAGCGCAGUCAGUGUGUGGGCCGUGAGGACUGCGUGUGCCAGCGUGCCACGGGACAGUGUCAGUGUUUACCGAAUGUUAUUGGUCUGACAUGUGACCACUGCACACCUAGUCACUGGAAUCUGGCCAGUGGGAGGGGCUGUGAACCCUGCAGCUGUGACCCUACCAACUCUGUCUCCUCCUCGUGCAACGAGUUCACCGGUCAGUGUCAGUGUCGUGAUGGCUUUGGAGGAAAGACAUGCACAGACUGCCAGGAAAACUACUGGGGAGACCCCAGAACACAGUGCCGAGCCUGUGACUGUGACUGGCGAGGCAUUGAAACCUCUCAGUGCCACCGUGUGACUGGCCACUGUGUUUGCCAGCAGGGCGUGUCAGGUGUCCGCUGUGACCAGUGUGCCCGCGGCUUCUCGGGACAGUUCCCCAACUGCCAGCCCUGCCACCAGUGCUUUGGUGACUGGAAUCGCAUUGUGCAGGACUUGACAGUGCGCACCAAAGCCCUGGCAGGACGCGCACAUGAGAUUCAGAACACUGGACUGACUGGAGCCUAUGAAAAGGCCUUCAAGGAUCUGGAGGAGAAACUCGCGCAGGCCCAGGACAUUGUUAAUGCACGUAAUGCCACUACUGCAGCUGUCACGAUCCUGAUGGAGCUUAUUGAAGACCUCAGAGCACAAAUCGGUGACACAACUGACACCUUGAAUCGUCUGGAAGGAGAGCUCACUGUUGUCCAGGAUGGAAACUCUGAGGCCAGUAAGGAGCUGAGCAGUUUGGAGAGAGAGGCCAUACAGCUAAACCUGACUUCAGAGCAGCUACACCACCAACUCAGCAUCCUCAAAAACUCCAACUUCUUAGGUGCAUACGACAGCAUUCGUAGCGCCUACAAUAAGUCUCAAGACGCCGAACGCCGAGCAAAUGAAUCAACAACUAGUCACCCGAGCACAGUCAGCGAAUCAGCAGACACACGCCGUCGCACUGAGCGCCUCAUCACCAGCAAGAAGGACGACUUUAACCGAAAAAAUGCUGCAAACAAGCGUACACUUACAGAGCUCAGUGCCAGAGUACAGAGGCUGGACAUGAAAAACCUCAAUGAGAAGGUAUGUGGUGCCCCUGGUGAUGUUCCAUGUGGUGAAAGCCCCUGUGGAGGUGCAGGUUGCCGUGACGAUGAGGGGAACCGCCACUGUGGUGGCCUGAAUUGUCACGGUGCUGUGGCUGUGGCUGAUGGCUCACUGGAGAGAGCGAAACACACGGACACAGAGCUGAACAAAGCCAUGAGCGAGGUGGAGGGCCUCUUCAUGAAGGUUGUUGAGGCAAAGACCAAAGCGGAAGAGGCGAAGGGUAAAGCCAAAGCAACACUGGACAAAGCCACAGCCACCAAGAACAAAGUAGAGCACUCCAACAAUCAGCUGAGAGACCUCAUCAAGCAGAUCAGAGAGUUCCUCACCCAGGACGGUGCAGACCCAGACAGUAUUGAAGCGGUGGCGAAUCGCGUGUUAGAGCUCUCGAUUCCUGCUUCGCAUCUCCAGAUCAGACAUCUUGCUGAUGAAAUCAAGGAUCGCGUUCGUAGUCUGUCUAACGUGGAUGCCAUCCUGCGGCAGACGCAGCACAAUGUCCAAAAAGCAGAACAACUACUGCUGGACGCCAAGAGGGCCAGGCAUCAUGCUGAGGGAGUGAAAACCACUGCAGAGACUGUCAAACAGGCCUUGGCAGAUGCUAAGACUGCCCAGACAUCAGCAGAGAAGGCUAUAGCACGAGCCAGAGCUGACAUCGUGGAGACUGAAGCCAGGGUGGCACAGAUUGAAUCAGCAACAACCAAUAGUGAGAAGGACCUGAAGGAUGCCAUGGAUCGUCUGGGAACACUGGGUUGGGAAAUUAAUGUCCUGAAGACCAAAUAUGCCAGCAACAGUAUGGCAGCGUCCCGAGCAGAAGAGACAGCCACCAUGGCCCGAGACAAGGCAAAUGAGGCCAAGCAGAUUCUAGAUGGCCAGCUGACUGAUAAAUACCAUGAGGUUCAUCAGCGAGUUGACACCAAGGCCAAGGUCGUGCAGGAUGCAAAGAAAAGGGCUGAGAGCCUCAGAGAUGAAGCAAAUGAACUACUGACAGAUGCUCAAAACAAGCUGCAGAGACUCGCAGAGCUGGAGAAAAACUAUGAGGAGAACCAGAGGAGGCUGGAGGGGAAGGCUCGUCAGCUGGACGGCUUGGAGGACAAGAUGAAAGAAAUCCUCGAUGACAUCAACAAGCAGAUCCAGAUCUACAACACCUGCCAGUAGCUCAGCACACAGUGUAAUAAUAAUAAUUAUUAUAUAGGCCCUUCACUCGCUCAUUCUGCUGGUUUCUUCAGACACAGUAAUCUGAGAACAGGCUGAAAGAAAAAAACACAGCAUACACAACAUGCCCCUCAUGUAAGACUUUUUUACAUUUGGUGAGUUAAAGAUAGGAAUUUGAUGUUUUAAUUUUAAAUAUUGACUCUCACUUUUAUUUUAUUUUACACAAUGCAAUUAGUUUUGUUCUUUAAAUUAGGAACUAUUUCUUUUGCAUUUCAAUCAUGAAAGAUAAUUCAUUUGAGAAAGUCAGUAGUGCCAAAUAUGGCUGGACAUCAGCUUUUAGAUGAAGUGUGGAAGUUCUCGUGCAGAUGCUGUUUAUGAGUCUUGCAUUAGAACCUCAGCUGAAGUUUCUUGCCUUUUAUUUAUCCAUCCUCUGUUUGUACUCAAUCAAUAUUCUGAGCUGAGCUCAUCCAGAUGUCAACUGCAGUGAAAAGGGCCUUUUGUGUGUGUGUGUGUGUGUGUGUGUGUGUGUGUGUGUGUGUGUGUGUGUGUGUGUGUGUGUGUGUGUGUGUGUGUGUGUGUGUGUGUGUGUGUGUGUGUGUGUGUGUGUGUGUUAGAAAACAUGCCAAUAGAAUAUCCUCCCAGGGGGAGGGGGAGGCGGGGCAUCUUUAACCUUUUUAUGUGCCAGUUGAAAGUUUUUGAUACUUAAGAAUUUAAUAACAAGGUAUUUUCUGUGACAUGAAAACUUAAUUUCAAUAUUUAAUACUUAAUUUUAAUCCUUGUGUCGACACAGCAAAGCAUUUUGAUCUACACGUUUUAGUAACCAGUGAACCCACACGUGUUUGAUGUGUGUGUGUGUGUGUGUGUGUCUGUGUGAGAAGAGCAGGAGGAACGGGAGCAUACAAAGUCCACCCCGAAAAAGGUUUUCCACACCACAUGUGAACACACAAGCUUCUUUCUGUGGCACCAGCCUGCUGUAGUUUGACAUAAAAUAACACUCCGAUAAGGCUGCCUGUGGAUAGGCCAGGGGCAUCUUUUUGGUGAGGAUGAGUACAUUAGUGGAGUGAAAGCAUGAAUAUAUUUUAUCUCUUAAGUUACCAGAUGAAAAUAAUCUCAUGAUGCAGUGCAAAGAAUCAUUUUUCCCCAGUUGUUUGUUGUGUGUCACGUGUUACACAAAAUAAUGCAUCAAGAAAUAUGUAAAAAUACUGUCGGGACCACAAGUGUUUGGACACUGACGUUUUUUGUGUAAUAUUGCCUCGAUAUGCGACAAAAUAGAGUUGAAAAGAAAACAAAAUAUGCUGGUAAUGUAUCUUUCAGCAUUAACUGAAGAGCUUUAAGCAAUGUAUUGCAUUAAACAUUUACGAAACCGCAAGUAACUGGACAAAAA